CUCCUGUGAUUCCAUACCUCACAACAAAGCUCUUAACAGGCAUGAAAAUGGGUCAGGGGUUAAAAAGGUGAGAAAGGUGUGGAGGAAAUAUGUUCCGGCGUUCUGCCAAAAUGUCCGCCAUCGGCAAAGCGUCCUACAUGUGGCGAAUUUGACCAUUUUAAUUUUUCACAUAAGGCUUAAUAUUCGAGUUAACGGGGGUUUAAUUAGUUGAAGGAGUUGAUUUCAACCACCAUUGACUCACGCUAGCUUAGCCACUCCAGAGCCCUGAAACUAACAAAUGACUGUCAAACUGCACAGAAUUUGUUCAAAUCAACUCCAACGACUAAUUAAACCCUGGCUAACUCAAAGAUUAAGCCUAAUGUAAAAAACAGGCAUGAAAAUGGGUCAGGGGUUAAAAGGGUGUGAAGGAAAUAUGUUCCAGUACACUGUAUUGUACACUAGGGCUGGGCGAUAUGGCCUUAAACAUGUAUCACGAUAAAUUGAGCAGAUUUAUCUCGAUAACGAUAAAUGACGAUAAAUUCGCCCAAGCGUACUGUUAUAUAAUUUGAAAAUCUGAAUCAAUGCAUGAAAUACAGAUUAACUGUUUCUUGUUGAUUUAUUUACCAGCAUUCAAUUUCAUAUACUGUAUUUAACAAUUGUAUAUGCAGUCUAAACAUUAAGUUUAUAAAAAUGUAAUGUAAGCAAUAAGAAUUCAAGUAUGAACAUUUAUAACAGCGUGUAUGACUUGAACAAUGUACAUUAUCAAAAUCAAUAUGCCUGUGCAAACAUGUCAUUGUAACACAAAUGACUUGCAGCUUGAACAGUACACUUCAAAAAGACAACUUGUUAAUGGCUGCUGUGACAUAAUUAUUAAAUACAAGUGUUUACAUUAUGGUUUCAGGGUCCCCCCCAGUGCAUUUUUUAAUAAAUGCACGCACAAAUGAAACCCCAAACAAACAGAGAGAGACACACACACAUUAAAGCUAUAUUGAUCUUCUUCAAAUGAAACGCUUAAGAUUUUAUGAUAGCAAUAAUGACACAGAAAUAAGCACAUACAGAAAAAUAGCUGGGGCCAUUUCUCGGUCAUUAUAAGUUUCGCCGUUGGAUUGUACUUUAAGCUGAAUGCUUUACCAUCACAAAAGCUAUCAGAGGAAUCACACACAGACAGAUACAAAAUAAUGCCACAUAGUAAUUGCUAGAUGCAGUCCGUGCCCAAUCCACUCAUUAAGUUCAGCCGUUUCGACAAGUUAGAGCCGCUAUCCGACUACAUCACGUUCAUUUGUAGCGUUAGCCGCUAGCUAGCGUUAGCCUGGCUACCAGUAGAAAGCACUGAAAGCACCAUCUCCGGAAAUUGUGAGAACAGCAGGGAGGACAGCGGGUGAAAGCCCGUCUGGAUGCCACCAAGAGUCUACUAAAUGUCGGUUAAAAGUUUGGUGAACCUCCCUUAAGCCACACUCCAUCACGUUUUGCUUGUAGCGUUAGCUGCUAGCGUUAGCUUACUGGGCUUUUGUUUGAUUGGCUCCUUGAUGAUCACGUGACUCCCUACGUAAGCCCAUUGACGGUUUCUUAAAGGGGAAUGAACAUAGACGGACAACACAGAAUCAAAGCGGGAUGAAAAGACUAUAUUUUCUUGUUUUAUUAAUUUACCGAAUUUACCGACAUGGUCAAAAUUACGUCGGUCAUCGUUAAGAAUUUCGGUGACGGUAAAUUUUCGGUUUACCGCCCUGCUCUAUUGUACAUGAAGUGGAAAUUAAAGACAUGUUGCUUUUCGCCCUCUUCAACGCUGAUUCAAAACGAAACUUAUGAACUUGCAAACUCGUGGUGGAUCUGUUGCACUUAUGAACUUUCUGUUGCAGCAGGUGUAACCACAGAGAAAAAACAACUCGCAACUCGCGAGUUCUAGGAAAACAGAUAGUGUAAGCAGAAGGGGCGAGAGUAUAUAAGUAAAGGAGGGAGCAGUGUUAAAUCUGAGAGUCUGCUGUGGUCUUACGCGUCGACGUGCAGCCAGGUAUCUUCCGCUCAACUUCACUGAGGACAACUCGGCUCUCCGUCCUUCCAGCACACGCCUGACAAUUGGUAAUGUGAUGUGGAGGCGGUUUAUUGGGACAUCUGCUGGGAGAUCGCUACGGCUCUGCAUGGUGGAGGACGCCCGGGGAGUCCGGUGUCCAGGGAAGGUCGUCCCUGCUCCUCUGGACCCCCCCCCCCUGCACCUCAGGAGUCAACAAUGCAGGAAGGGUUCGCAGGGCUCCCAUGGUGGCUGCAGGAUGCCUCAUCACGGUCACGUCUGAAACACCUGUCGUUCUGUGGCAUCUCGACAACAAAACGUGUCACUCACGCAAUGGCACUGAGUGGAUGACCGAGGUCAUGUCUGACCUAUGGAUCUCGAACAGCACGAAAGUUCGAGGGAUCGGAUGGGUUCUAUGGCCCAUAUUUGCUGCUCCUGUUCCUUUGGAUCCCCCUAUUGGCCCCUUUGCCCCCUUUGUCCCCAGAUUGAAGAAAACGCACACGGAGAUUCACUGGAUCGUCUUGUUUCCCCCUUUCCCCACAUGUGCCACACGGAAACAGCGUGCAUGGUACGACACCCUUCUGGGUGGAACCGGAAUCGUGUUAAGCAUCUCUAACCCGAUUGAUGGAGAAGUCACCAGAACUAUGUUGUCCAACACCGGAAGUGACAUUGCGCACGGUCUCUCGACCGUAGGGCUUUGGAUGCCCACAUCUAUCACGCCUCAUGAAGAAGCGGCGUCUUUCUUAGCACAAUUGUCAUGGGAUAAAGAGAUGUGGGAUGCAACACAAGAAGUAUUAACCAAUAUUUCUAAUGCAUUGAAUAUGACUGUGUGUAAUUUACAGGUACUUAACAUGAAAUUACACCUUUGACACAAUCAGUGACAACUACGAAAAUGCACUGGAAAGUUGUAUUCCCUGUUUUUUCAUCGUGUGCUCGGAGGAAGAGAGAGUGGUAUGACACGUUUUUAGGGGGAACAGGGACGUUAUUAGGGGUAUUUAAUACUAUUGAUAACGAAGUAACCCGCUCAAAAUUAGCUGGAACUGGACAAGGCACUCAUGAUGCCUUGGUAAAAGUGGGAAUGUGGCUUCCCAAUGCGAUAGUGGGUCAAAAGGAGAAUGCUGAAUUAUGGAAAAAGGUAUUUAAAUGGGAACUAACGGUAUGGAAUGCGACUAGUGAGGUAUUAACCAACGCUACUAAACAAUUAAAUUGGACUACAUGUAGUAUACAAAACUUAAAUGCAAGGGCGCAGAAAGAACGCUUUGAACGAAUAAUGACUACAGGGAAUUAUCAGGAGUGGCGUAGGGUUUGGAAUAUAUCUUCGAAACUAUGGUUACAAUUACAUUCGGAAUAUACCACUUGUAAUAGUACGGAAUGUUGGGGAUAUUGGACAACCUAUAAAGUAGCCUCCAACGUUACGGUAUGCAAAUUCCUGAUACUACCCGUUAUAACUAAACUAGGAUAUUGGUUUUUACAUAUAGAAGGAGAAUGGUUUAACCCAGAAACAAACCAAACCUUUGAUACCGAUCUUUGUCAGACAACCGAUAAAGGACUAGCUUGUACAUUGCAUGUUGAAAUUAUCAACCCGUGUCUAAUCAAAGCAGGAGAUUUUGUAUUAUGCGACUGGUCUAGGGAACCCAGCAGGGACAUUUUGUGGCAGGUGGGACCACACACCCUUUGUGUGGCCACAGCCCAAAAUCACUCCAUGCUGCCAACAGUUCCAUUCGUAGGAUGCCUAUAUGAUGUUCAUUUCUUCCAGUGGGGAAACGGGACGUAUCAGUUGACAAAUUGCACGGUUGCUAACCGGUUUACGGCUGUGCAAUGGGAGGUGCUCCGCACCCCAUGGUCAAUCUCCUUGGAACGUUUCAAAUGCGCAUUGGAACAGUCCACCGAGAUCCAGAAAUUGAUUAAGUCCCAUGCGUCUAAUGUUUCCCAACUGAUGAUAUCAACAUUAGUGGCUAAAGGAGAAAUUUUGCAUGCAGUUAAAAUUAUUCAGCAACAAUCUGCUCACCAUUGGUGGGAUAUUUUUUCAGGCUUAUCAUAUACUGCUAGAGUGACGUUAUUACCGCCAAUGAUUUUGGUAUUAAUAGCCAUUGCUUUAACUACGCUUUGUAAUAUUGGGAUUUGUUGCUAUGUCAGACGAAUUAAAAGAAUGUUGGCCCGUGAAAUAUUUCAUCGUCUAUAAACAUGAAAAUACUGAUCCAAACAUUCGACAUAAGGGCGCGAGGAAACAUUGUCGCACAAACAGCAUGUUGCAUAGAUAUAUUUCCGGAGGAAGAGGGGCAUAUAAUUGAUUAUCAGGAUAAUAGGGAUGGCUUCUAUUAUCGUAGAAUAGAACAACAUGAGAAUCGCUUAGAUAUGUUAACUGCAGCUAUGGAAAUAAUAGUAUCAGACCACGAUCUGCUAGCAUACGCCAAUUUAUGGGGAGAUCCCUGGCUCCAAUGGAUUCAGAUGAAUUGGAGAUUUUACGCGCAAGGUUUAAUUAAUUAGGAAAUAAGUUGUAAGUGGUCGAAAAGCACCAGGAGUGGAAUGAAGUGGAAAUUAAAGACAUGUUGCUUUUCGCCCUCUUCAACGCUGAUUCAAAACGAAACUUAUGAACUUGCAAACUCGUGGUGGAUCUGUUGCACUUAUGAACUUUCUGUUGCAGCAGGUGUAACCACAGAGAAAAAACAACUCGCAACUCGCGAGUUCUAGGAAAACAGAUAGUGUAAGCAGAAGGGGCGAGAGUAUAUAAGUAAAGGAGGGAGCAGUGUUAAAUCUGAGAGUCUGCUGUGGUCUUACGCGUCGACGUGCAGCCAGGUAUCUUCCGCUCAACUUCACUGAGGACAACUCGGCUCUCCGUCCUUCCAGCACACGGUAAUUAAGCUUUUGACAUUGCUUAGAGCGGUUAUACACUGAAGUGCAUUGUGUUACUCCUAUGCAUUUUGUCACGCUUCUAUUCUGUGGGUUAAAUAAAAUGUGCAGCUUGUUUAACGCAGAGAAGUGUUAGAGCCUUGUGUGUGUGUGUGUGUUGCCGAUUUUCCUCGAUCCCAUAGGCCACAUUAUUACAGUAAUUGAUCAUAAACUGUAAUAGGUCUGACAACUGGUAAGAUACUGUAUUUGACUAUAAACAGUAUUGAUGAAACUCUAUCACAAUUAUUGGUUAUAAAAUUGUGAUAUUCCCCGCUUCGUGUGAUAAUUGCGUAUAAAUCACACGACCCUAUCUUUGGACAAGCCAAUUGAAUAUAAGACUUGCCCUUAGAACAUACUGUCUAGGAUAAGCAGUAUCUAAAAAGUGUUUC